AUGGCUCAGGUCCCAGAAGAUUAUGAUUCCGGUUCUGAUGAAGAUGAGAAGUCGGAGCCUGAACUGCCUAGACCUCAUGAAUUGUGUAACGAUGCGAAUCCAGGAAGAGGACUUCGAAGACGGAGUCAGAGUGAAAAGACAUCGGAAGAGAAGAGAGGAGAGCUUUACAAGGAUUUAGAGGUCGUUGAGGAUAAAACGCGUGAGGAGCCAGACCUAGAGCCACCAGAGGAGGCUAAACCAGAUAUUACACAGGAUGCCGUCACAGAGUCAACUGCACAGACGUUACCAAAGGAAACCAAGUCUGAGGUUUUGGGAGCCACUAUCAUUGAGACCAGAUUAGAGGUGUCAGAGGAGAGUGAACAGGAGAACCCAGAGCAAGCACUUACGAGCCAAUAUGAAGAAACAGAUCUAGAGCCUCCAUAUCAUACCCUACCUCAUUUUCCAAGUGAGAAACCAAGAAAAUGGGUGGAAGAGGCAGAUCUACAACUACCAAACAUUACAGAGGAAGCACAAAGAGAUUCAAUUGAAGAGGAAAAGACAAAGCCAUAUGAACAGACUAAACCAGAGUUUCCAGACCAGAAACCCAGAAAAUGUAGUGAAGAAGCAGAUCUAGAGUCUCCAGGAGAGACUAAACCAAGGGAUCCAGGGGAGAUUCAAAGAAAGUUAGUUGAGGAGAGAGGGACAGAGCUACAGGUAAAGAUCAACCCAGAGUUUCCUGAGGAAAAAUCAAGAAAACCAAUCGAUGAAACAAAUCCAGGGCCAUCAGAAAAGACCACAUCAGAAGUUCCAAAGCAGACAAGAAAGUCGUAUGAGGAAAAGAUUUCAGCGCCACCAGGAGAGACUGGUCUAGCACUGCAACAAGAGAUCAAACCAGACACAAAGUCAAUUGAGGAGAAAGUUCUAGAGCCAUUAGAGUACACUAAACCAACAGAUAAAAAAGAGAAGCAGAGAGAAUCAAAGAAGGAACCAAGCAAAUCAACUGAGGAAACAGGCCAAGUUUCACUACAGAUGUCUAGAUCAGAAGAGAAGGCACAAAGACAGCCAACUGAGGAGUUAUCAGAUAAAGCCAAACCAGGAGAGAGACAUACAGAAUUUUCCAAGGAAGCCAGGCCAGAACCAAUCAAAUAUAAGCAUUCUGUAGACAAGGAUGAGCUAGCACACCCUAAGUAUCAAGCAAUAAAGUUGUCAGUAAAAGAAACUGACAAAGAUAAAAGAGACUGUGCAUUAGGAUUUUACAGAGAAAGUGAAGUAAAAUCAGUUAGUACAGAUUAUGAGUGUUCUCAAGAACGCCCACAGCAGAUUCAGCUUAAUGAUGUCAGUGAAGAAUACUCAAACGUACAUCCCUCAGAGUUUCAGAUGGAAUUAAGAGAGUCCUUUAGUGAAACAGUUGUAGAUUUGUCUCAAGAGUUGGAGGAAGUGGUACCUACACAUAGAGAAUCCAAGUCAAAAAAAGGGAGUAAGUCACAAUUUGAGCAUCUUAAAUGGAGUCCAGAGAAAGUUGCAGAGUGGAUUAGCCAGUUAGGCUUCCCUCAGUAUAAGGAGUGUUUUACCACAAACUUCAUCAACGGCCGAAAACUCAUCCAUGUAAACUGCUCAAACCUCCCUCAGAUGGGGAUAACAGAUUUUGAGAACAUGAAG